AUGGCCGAUCCUUUUGAAGUUCGCCAACGCUUCACGACGCUCCUCUCCCAUCUCAGCGCAUCCCAUACCUCCCUCCAAAAAGCCGCUUUCUACGCGCUCAAGAACCGUGAACUAGAUGAAGACCUUCAUUCUUGCAUCCUCGAACAGCUCGAACGCACCAACAUGAACACACGCGCAAACAUUAUGUUCUUCAUCGAAUGUCUCUGCGAAUACGCCGUCAAAGAAAACAACUCGGGAGACUCUAGCGCAAUGGGCUACGUCCGCAUGUUGCAAAGAGAUAUCUUAGCAGUCGUAGAAUGCGUAGUAGGCGAAGAAGGAGCAAAUAUCCGCGUCGUGCGCAAAGUCCUAAAAACCCUCGAGAACCUCUCCAUCCUCAUGAAGGAAACUGUUCAAGAACUGGAGGCUGUUCUGAAAUCAAGAGAGGUCGCGCAUCCGUUCAUGGCGACAGGUUCCUCCGAUUCCAAAGACGGUUCUGCGGCAUUACCAACCCGGAUUGGAGGGCAGAGGAUGGAUAAACGGCAGAUUGAACAGAGGAUCGAGGAGGAUAGGGAGAGACAUAAGAGGUUGAGGGAGAGUAUUUGGGCGGUGCCGGGAGAUGGGUAUGAGGAGUUGGAGAAGCUAUGGGAGGAGGCUAGCGAUAUCAAUGAGGAUGACUAUGUUACCGCACGGGAAGAUGCGGAGGAGAGGAGGAAGGUCAUUGCUUUUGGGUAG